AUGGAAAGAUUUUCCGGUUUGUAUACAGGACCGUAUUUCGAUUCGUCGACACCGAAUAACAUAACAACGCAAUUGGGGACUCACGCAUAUCUUCCAUGUAAAGUAAAACAAUUAGGAAAUAAAUCCGUUUCGUGGAUAAGAAGAAGAGAUGCUCACAUUUUAACAGUUGAUCGUUACACGUUCAUAGCAGACGAAAGAUUUCAAGCAUUUUUGGUCGAAGCAACCGACACGUGGACGCUACAAGUUAAAUACGUACAAGCCAGAGAUGCUGGAAGAUACGAAUGCCAAGUAUCAACGGAGCCAAAAAUGAGUCAUUUUAUCACUCUUAACGUAGUCGUUCCAAAAAUUGAGAUUUUAGGUGAAUCUGACAUGUACGUAAAAUCUGGAAGUACCGUAUCCCUUAAAUGCGUUAUAACUCAAUCGUUGGAAGAGCCAGCAUACAUAUUUUGGUAUCACGACAACGAAAGAGUUUUAGAUUAUGAUAGAAGGUAUAAAGAUAUAAGAGUAGAAAGAGUCGGCUCUGAUACAACAGUCGGUUCUUUGAUUCUUCAUCAGGCCACUAAAGAAGAUUCUGGAAAUUAUACAUGCAGCCCAUCUAAUUUAGAUUCUUCGAGUAUUUUGCUUCACGUUUUAAACGGUGAACAUCCGGCUGCCAUGCAAAGAGGAAAAAAUUCAGCAUCAUCAAGAUUACGUAAAUGGUGGUGUCUCAAUAGCAAAAUAUGCUCGUGGCCUCGCAAUACAUUAGAAGCAAUAUUACUUAUGGGUAUCAUAAUCCAUUGUUGUAUUCGGAUAUCGACGUAG